AUGACAGGCUCUGGUUCCCCUUGUGGUGCCUGCAAGUUCUUGAGAAGAAAAUGCGUAAAGGGUUGCGUUUUCGCGCCUUAUUUCAGUCACGAGCAAGGUUCGACUCAUUUUUCGGCAAUUCACAAGGUGUUUGGAGCUAGCAACGUGUCCAAAUUACUCGCUCAACUCCCGGUUAACGAUCGUUGUGAAGCGGCCGUCACGAUUGCUUACGAGGCCCAAGCUAGGGUUCAAGAUCCCAUUUACGGUUGUGUUUCUCAUAUUUUUGCUCUCCAACAACAGGUUAUGUAUUUGCAAGCCCAAGUGGCUUCCCUUAGAGAGCAAGCAGCUCAAUGCAUAAUAAACAGCUCGAAUUCCGUAAACCCUAAUUACGACCAAAAAUUCUACGGCACGAGCGACGCCUUUUUACCGCAGGAUAUCCAGAGCUGGCUGCAGAAUCAAAUCACAAUGCCUCAAUUUGAAGAUGCAAGCCAAGAAAAUGUCGAUGACUAUUUUGCCCCUGGGGCCAAGUGCGAAAACCCGGGUUUCGAGGAGGAGAAGAACUCGUUCGACAGCAUGGACUCGGUCGAGCUGCAGUCGAGCAACAAUGGUACUCAAUGGUUUUUUCAAGAUGAUGCUGAUGAUCUACAGUCAGUGGCUUUCAGAUACAUGAAGCAUUAA